CCAAGUACCAAUUUUAUUCCUUAACACAACACUAAGUCUUCAGGCCUUGUUCGUGAUAAUUUGAUUUUGAUUAUUUGGAUUGGAUUAAUGCUAUUGCAAGUGUUUGAUAGGUUAAGGAACCAAAAGUUAAAUUUCAACACUGCUUUACCGUUUUGAGUUGUUAGGUCGACACAAUAAUUAGUAGGUUACUGCUCAUGUCCCAUUCAAAAUCUCUGUGUUCUACAUAUUUUAAAGAGGAAUUAAUUAGUGUUAAUGGAAAGUCCUCAGUUAGGUCUACCUGUGGGUGGUGAUCUCUGUUUGGAAGUUGACCAAAAUUCUACAGUAGAUGUGGUAGAAUCAGGGAACGACGCAGAAAUCAGCUCGUCCAAUAGCAGCCCUAAUCAACAUCAAGUGAAAUACUAUGAGUUGGAAUGGAGGUUUCUGCAGUCUGAGGAUGAACAGCUGACAAACCUGCGCAAACGCGCGUUAGAAGGCGGGUUGAGAGCUUUUCGGUUCCGAAGUGUGUGUUGGCGGCUGCUACUCGGGGUUUUGAGUUCGGGACAUCCAGAAAGAUGGGUGGAAGAGACUCGGGUGGCUCGAGAGAGUUAUCGUGAGCUGCUAGAAAAACAUAGCGUGGACCCCCACAAUGAAGAAACAGAAGAUGACCCCCUGUCUCAGGAAGCUUGGAGCCCCUGGCACCAGUACUUCUGCAACAACGAUCUGCGUUUUGUCAUCAAACAGGAUGUGAUCCGGACAUUUCCUGGAGUAGAUUUCUUCCGGGAUGAGAGAAUACAGGAAUCCAUGGUCAAUAUAUUAUUCUGCUACGCCCGUGACCAUCCCACCAUGUGCUAUAGACAGGGCAUGCAUGAAAUCCUGGCCCCGCUAUUAUUUGUGAUACAUUGUGAUCAUCAAGCCUACUUGCAUGUACGGGACUUGGACCAAAUCAGUGAAAUCAUCAGUGACCUUUUGGAUCCAAAAUAUGUUGAAGAAGACAGUUACGCUCUGUUCCUCAAAGUGAUGUUUGCAAUUCAAGGUUACUACCACAUAACUAAUGUUGAACUGUCCAGCACUGGUUAUUUCCCAACCGAUUCCUCCCCCUCAAGUCCUUUAUGUGAAAACCAAGUGCUGCAGCAGCUGAACUGGAUCAAAGAUCAACUCUUGGCUCCGAUUGAUCCAGAGCUUCAUCAGCAUCUCCAACAGCUUGACAUUUCUCUUCCUUUGUUUGGAAUUCGAUGGUUGAGGCUACUGUUUGGCAGGGAGUUCCCUCUACAAGACCUUCUAGUACUAUGGGAUGCCAUCUUUGCUGAAGGCACCGUCUUCCAACUGGUAGACUACAUUGUUGUUGCUAUGCUCAUCGCCAUUAGGCAUCAGUUGCUCAUUUCAGACUACACCUCGUGCCUUACUAUGCUCAUGAGAUAUCCAGGAACUAUGGAUAUAUCCUGCAUCAUCGACCAUGCAUUGCACCUUAAAAACCCACAGAGCUACAAACAACCUACCCAGACAGCAUUCCCCAAUCUCAUUCCAGUGACAGUGGGGGGAAGACCAGAUAUGCAUAGAGCUCCAAACCACUAUCCCAGACCUCAGAAACUGAGUGAGUCCACAACUCACAAGACUAGCUACAUUACCACCAGACUGAAGAAGCUAUCAACCAGAAACGCCAGUAUCUCUGAUGGCUCACACGACAACUCUAACAUAAUUGAUGGCUUCACACUUGAUGAUCCUGGGGUGGUUCGUAGUGAGCUCAAGCAUUGCCGGGCUGUAAUGUCGUUGGUACAACUGAAGCUUGCUCAGUACCACAGCGUCCUAGAGCAAUGUGUACCUCACAGUAACAUUCCAGCACAACAAGCACUCACCGGCAUCCACGAGCUUUGUUCAUUGUUGGACCCACAUCGAGGAAGUCCGUCCCCUUCGGUCUCAAUUGAAGUGGAACCUGCCUUUGAGGUUGGCGAGAUUGUGGGUAGUCCUACUCCACCAAACCUCCCCCCUCCAUGCUCCAACGUUGACAUGACUGUCUUCCGGGAGACUCAAGGAUCUGUGAUAGACACAACUGAAGAUAUACUGCGAUCUCCUGUUAAGAGAUAAUAUCCUUUACUUUAUAUGUAUUUGUUUUCUUGUUUGUCUGUCUUUGUCUUUAUCACAUUUGUUUUGGUAUUGUGAAUCCUCAGGAAGUCCUCAACUUAUUUUUGUGAUUAGUUUAAGAGGUGUUGUUUAUAUUCUCAUAGUGUUAAUAUGGUAAUAACACAUAUAAAAAGCAGUAGAGGAUUAUACCAUCAACUCAAAAGUCGUCUCACCUUGUGAAAUAUCAAGGAAUUGUGCUCAUUUGGAAAGGCAAUAGUGUCCUAGGGAAUAUAGUAGAUAAAAAUAACAAGACAUAUUUUUAUAUUUAAAACUCAAUUUAUUUUACACGGUGUUGGUGUAAAACCUCUCACAUUUUAUGUUUUGUAUUAUUCUGAAAACAGGCUUUUAACUCGUACAAUAGUGUAAUGAUUAUGGUUAGAAUGAUAGAAAAUUUUCUUGGCUUUCCAGAUGAUCUAACUUCCUUGUAGCAGCAAACAUAAGUAUAGGAAACAUUUGAGUAAAAAUUGAAUCAGGCUAAUGGAAAUUCACUUAGUCUGCAGGUUUGCUGUGGUGGGUGUAAUGUUUUAAUUUUGUUUCAAAAAUUUAAACUAUAAGACUGAAUGCGAUCUUGGUUUUCUGUCUCUCUCAUUAUUAAAAGCCAUUUUAAUACUAGUGUUUCAGUUGUUUGGUAUUUUGGGUUAAACAGAAUACCUAAUGAUAAAGUACAGUAGAACCUUGAUAUUCGACACUUUGUGGACUAAAAUGGUAUCGAACUAUCGAAAUGUCAAACUAUAGGGAGUCAAACCAUUGGACAUUUUAAACAAAGGGAGUAUUCACAGGAUAAAACAAUCAAAUUUAAUGAACAGUAUAAAACUGGACAAAAAUAAACAAAUUUAUCGACUUUACAUCUCUACUAAACGUUCUUUGGCUACAAAAAUAAUAAUAGCUUUGGCUGUAUAAAAUAGUUUGUAAUUUUCAACUACUUUUUACUGUGGAUGUUUGAAAGAAGUAUUAAUUAAUGGGAUGAUUCAAGUAUAGAUUUUUUGCGUGCACAUAAACAAUAAGAUGGAUUUAGUCAGUACCUUUGCAAACCCGUCAUCGACCGCUGCCGACAUGUUACGUAUUCGAAUCCUGGGAUGCCUGUGUCGAACCAUAUGGAGUGUCGAACUAUCAAGCUUCUACUGUACGUUCUAUUGUUGUAGGUUAAUAGCUUAAUUAUUUGUCAUCGAAGAUUAGGUUAAUUUUUAAUAGGCCUACUGUAAUGUUAGUAGUACCCUAUGUAGUCUAAAAAAAGUAUUAGCUUUUUGAAUUCUCUUUCCUAGAUACUCUCAUUAACUAAUAAGUAUAGUAUUGAUACAAGAAGUUAAGAACCUCCUGAAAAUGAUAAGUUUACAAUAUCUUCUAUGUAUGAGGUUUUAAAUAUUUAAAGUGAAUAAAAUAUCCAUAUUGGUUUGAUUUAUGUUAAUUUGUUGAGUUAUUUUGUCAUGCAAUAGGUAUUUAACUUAUAUCUAUGACAGUAAAAUAUAUGGCAACGUUUACAAAUAUUGUUUAUUUAAUUAAUAAACAAUUGUAUGCUGUCUUUGAUUGAAAUCAAAGAAUGUGCAACAUAUCCUGGAAAUCAAAAUUUGCAUUUCUAUAACUCUAGGACUGACGAUCGGUCAUUUUAUGGCCGAUCGGGGGACUUUGUUUCCUGCCAUCAGUCACAGAAUGACCGAUCCAGUUUAUUUUACAUAUAUUAAAGCUCAUAAUUAACUGAUUCAUAAUUAACUGAUUGACUAGAUUAUCCAUGGAUGUAAAGAUAAAGAUCUUGGCUAUCCUGCUAACUCAGCUGUAAUAUUUUUUAUUAGAUUAGCUUGAUUGAAUUCUUGUUUUCAUUGUCUGCUGACUUGGAAAUCCAAGGUCAGCUGAUGAGUCAUUUUAUAAAAUGUUUUUUAAAACAUUCAAAUUUUAUGGAAAAUUUACAACAAAUUAGCCUAUAUUUAUUUCCAAAAUUAUGGUUACGUUUUCACUAUACAAAUAACAUAAUAACACUCUCUGUUUCUUCCUGAUUCAAUUGAUAUACAAUGUAGUACCUGGUAUAACUUUCUUAACCCCUUAAUCGCGACACACGCAUUAUUCCGUAGUAGUAUUCUGUACACACUGUCGCGACGCACGGAAUAUCACGUGCAACACCCUUGUGGCUUUAAACGCGACGCCCGUGCUUAGACCAUUUUGAUGUUCUCACCUGAUAUAUUUCGUUGAUACAAGUCUUCUGCUAAUUUCUUUCCAUGGUACAUUGACCCUGAGAAUUGACAGACCAGUAUCAAAGGUGAUGUAUCCUCACGAUCGCAGCCCGUGGGAGACGUUCAAGAAUUAGCCGUUGUCGCGAGCUAUCAAUGAUGAUGUUCCCGUGAUUGCGGCCCGCGAUAGACGUUCCGAUUUAGCCGAGGGUGAUGGUGAUGUUUUGCGAGUGUCGAUGAAAAUGUCCCCGUGAUGGCUUUCCGAUGGGGAUGCUUACAAUUUCGGCACGGCCGCGGGUGACAAUGAUGAUGUCCUCAUGAUCGCAGCAGUCCACGGGAGAUGUUUUUAACACGACUUUGCCGCGAUUGCAGGUGUUGAUGAUGAUGUCCCCGUGCUUGCUGCUUCGUGGGAGAUGUUUACGAUUUUACUAUGGUCACGAGUGACGAUGAUACACUCAUGGUUACAGCUCACAGGAUAUGAUCACAAUUUCACCGCGGUCGCGAGUGUCGAGGAUGAUGUCCCUUUGAUGCAGCCCGUGGGGGAUGUUCAUGAUUUUGCCCGGUCAUGGUCACGGAUACCUAUGAUGGCUUUGACUUGGUUUAGGAGAGAUGUCCACGAUUUCAUCUAUGACACAGGUGUCGAUGAUGAUGUUUCUUUGAUGCAUAGGAGAUACGGUUAUUUCGGCGAUCGCAAGGAAUUUCCACCACAGGGGGAGGGCCGCUCAAGAAAUUUGGCCUAGGGUCGCAAGUACCCUAAAUCCGGCACUGAAUGAAGACAAAAUGUGUCCAAGAAUAUAACUAUAGAAUCGGCUCUGUAGACCCACAGAUAUGAUGCUAAGGAAUGUUACAUGUCUUAGGCACACCCAAAAGUGGUAAAAACUGUUUACUUAACAUUUUGUGGAUCUGGCAAUACUCAAUUCCCAUGCAAUAUACCUAUGUGUAAUUGGCAAGAAACCAACACUGACAGAAUUUCAUUUAGAGCUAGUUCGCCAACUUUUAGCGGAAAACAUUGAAGCUCAGACCUACAGUAAAAAAAACUGGUGGUUGUCCUUCCCCGAGUGAUACACCACUAAGAUUGACUCUGCGUAAUUUUCCAUCAUGAAUUCCUUCAACUGAAAAAAGUAUACCUCACGUCAAUAUUAUGUUUGCUGUCACACUACGCGACGUGAACCAGCCAGGCGGGAGUCGCGGUAUCAGUACCAGGACUGCGCAGUCUCCUUGUGCGUAAUGCCAUGCCUCAGGGAGUAUCAUAGCCUGAAGAAAUACUAAAAAGUUAAAAGUAACCUUUGAAUAUAGUGUACGGUAUAUAUAUAUUUUUUCCAAUAUUUACUUCUUGAAACAUCCACUCAUGUGACCAGAAAACUAAAUAAAACCCGUAAGUAAAUAUGAUGAAUAAAAUAUGUUAUUAUUUAUUUAUUAGUUUAUUAUUAAUUAUUUAUAAAAUUUAAAAAUUAAAUGACCAUUUUCGUUAACAUGAAUACUAUUAAUAUGUUUAUUAUAACAUUUAUCAUAGUUAAUUGCUUUAAAAUGCGUUUUAAACUAGAAUUCCUCAGAAUGCUAAAAAACCACAAAAAAUUGCAAAAAACCCCGUGCUGGGCCAUUGGCGAGCAUAAUUAAAACACGCACCACUGAUCGCGUCGAAACCGUACCACGCCAAUUUACGGUUAAGGGGUUAACAAUAAUAUUUUGUGUUCAUUUUUAAAAUUAACUUAACAAAAUGUGCUGGCAUAUUAGCAAAUCUAACUGGCAGUUCCAGGGUUGUUCCUCUAGGUAUGACAAUUUGUACUUAAUGCAUUUUUCGCCAUAGUUUGUGAGCUUUUACUACCUAUGUAGUUAAAUGAAAAAUUGUAUAGUAAUAAAAAUAGUUUACCGCUGCAAAAGUUUUUAUUUAAUAUGUAUGUUGUGAGGUACCGGUAAAUUUUUUAAAAUACUUUUUACCCUUUGUUUGAGUUACAAUCUGCUGUAGUUGUAAAUUUUGCAGACUUUUUUUAAGAAAUGUUCCUUAUAAAUAAAAAUAUUACAUGUCCCGUUAUUGAAUGUUUUGUUUUUAUCAUAAGUUAUCUUAAAAUAUCAUUGAAAUAAAAAUACUCCUACAUUUAGGCAAAAUGAGAUGCAUGAUUUUUUUGCAAUUUGAAUUUGAAUUCAGUCUUCUGUUAGAGAAUCAGUAUUUAAUGUAUCUAAAUAUGGGUAAAUCUGUUUGUAUUUAAUUUAAAAUCUAGAUGUAAACUGUUUUAAAAUGUAAUUUAUUAAUUAAGGUAAACAGUGUACGUAUUUGAAGUGUGAAUUGAUUAGCUAAAGAAUGGUCCAUUGUGACAAAAAAAUACUUUACCACAAGAUUCAAAAAGUCUUUUCAGGUCCUAGCUUGUUUCUCAGUUGUUCUCAAGAUGAGACACUUUUAAUAUUACAACACUUAUUGUAUACUAUAAGAAUUUUGUUUUAGUUUCUAAUGAUCGUUUUCAUUCCAUAUUCAAGAGAAAGGAUCAAGAGUGUUCUCCACUUUUGCUUUUUCUAGUUUCUUGGAAAGUAUUCAUUCUAACUUUUGAAUAUUAUAGACUGUGA